CGAACGGUCAGCUUCCAAUAAAAUCUUCUCAUUUCGAGUAAAAUCCGAACACCCUCAUUGUUGGGGGCUAACCCGACUUGCUUUGCCGAUUACCGACGCAAAGCCGGAAACGCAACGCGAACGCACGCAACCAACGCCCUGAACCUUUACACUGGACACACAAAAUGUUUCGAGAGCCGCGAUUUAGGUGCCUGCUGGCGCAUGCUCUGGCAGUGAUGCUGAUUCAAGUGCUGUGUGCUUCAUGGGCUUGCGGCGAAGCGCGCCACAGUGGGCCGCCCGCGCCCAAACCGCCUUCGCCCAAGCCGCCAUCGCCUCCCCCUCCGUCGCCCAGGCCUCCAAAGCCGCCCGGCCCUCUGCCACCUUCACCUCCCCUGCCGCCCUUCCCGCCGCUUGCGCCCAACAGCCCCAUCCCAGCGGCCUACUUCGAGGCCCUACCCUUCAGGGCCCAAGCCAUUGCGGUGUCCAUGAUUCAGGUCCCUCAGACACGCAAGUACCUGACCACGUGGCGCCGCGUCGUGGCCGACUUCAGCUUGAUCGGGGGCCUCGUCGAUCUGGACACCGGAAACACCUCGGUCAAGGCCCCCGGAUAUGCGAUUGGCUGCAACGGGCCACUAAUCCUGGAGACGGGCCAGCCAGUCUUCGCGGGCGGGGAGACUCGAAACUCGGGCAGCCGCCCUCCCAACGUGGAGUCACGCAACCUGUUUGUAGGUUACAACGCCAACAACAAUACUUACACCAAGCUGGGCACUAUGUUCGGGUACCGCUGGUAUCCCUCCACCCUGAAGCUGCAGGACGGCAAGGUUUUGGUUGUUGGAGGCUCAAUGAACAUUGACGCGGGCCCCGCCCUCCAGUAUGCUGAGCUGUGGGACUCGCGCAACCCAACCGCGCCGACAAUCAACGUGACCCACCCCGAUAACUAUUUUGCGCAGAUGGGAUUGAACUACUUCCCCCUCCUGGCGAUGCUGCCUUAUGGCGAAGUUCUCUGGUUCGUCGAGCGCGCAGGCGCCAUUACCACGGGCACCUUCCCCUUCACCAAGCUGGUCCAGCUGCCGCCGCUUCCGCCCAGCUUCCCCUUCUUCACCCAGUGGCCCCUCGCCGCCGGCAUGUCCAUGCACGCCUGGCGCCCCGACCCAGAUGGCGUGUACCGCACAUUCGCCUUCACCAUUUUCGGGGGCACGAUUCGCAACGCGCAAAGCACCACGCCUGCGUCCAACGUCAGCGCCACGCUGGUCGGUCGCUACUGCACUGAGAGCUACAUCUGCUUUGAGCCCUGGCGCGUUGAGCUGUUGCCGGACAGGCGGAUCCUGGGCGACCCCAUUGUGCUGCCCAAUGAGCGCAUUCUGCUGCACGGCGGCGCAACCACCGGCCGUGGCGGCAGCGGCGGCUCCUAUGCCGCCAACGGCGCCCCGCGCUCCAUCAUGUUCGACCCCACCAAAUCGACGGCCCAGCAGCGCUGGUCCCUCACCGCGCCCAUCCUGUUCAUGCGCAUCUACCACCACACCGCCUGCCUGGACAUCAGUGGCAAGAUACUCAGUGCUGGCUGCGACGCCUGCAACGUGCAGCUGCCGGUUGGCUAUGAGGGCUUGAUUGACAUGCCCGGCAGUGCCACCGACUUCCGGCUCAGCAUGGUCACUCCCCGAGAGAUCUUUGAGGUGUCGCGGCCCGAGAUCCUGAGCUUCCCAGCCACCAUCAGCGCCGGCAGCACCUUCACUGUCACGGUCUCCUACCCAGGCGCCCUCACGGGUGUGGUGCUGGCGACGCCCUGCGCGCGCACGCACUCGAUCGGCAUGGACUCGCGCGUGGUGGUCCUGGCCUACAACCUGUCCCCCACCGACCCCAACACCGCGGUAGUGAACAUGCCGUCCCUGGACCAGCCCGGCGUGUUGAUGCCCGGACACUACAUGCUGUUCGUGUUGGGAGACGAGGCGGACAGCGGCGGCAGGACCUACAGCACUGGCCGAUGGGUGCGCGUCGUGGCGCCCGUCAGUUAGACAGCUGACAGGGCCCGGAAUACAAGGAGCCACGGAGCAUGGCUUACCUGCUUAGCCCUAGCCGGCGCAUGCUGCGUGCGAUCUUGACUUCUGCAAUGCCUACCAUCGCGCGUAGUGGCUCGCUGGCAGGUAUAGCGGGUAGAAUGCGUGAUCGCUACGCAGCCGGUACACGUGCAGAGGUAGGGGCACCCUCCGGCGCCGGUCAGUUUGACUGUGUCUGAGGGUAACCCCUGACUGUCCAUUUUAACAUUCCUAACAUUUCAAUGGGUUUCAUUGCACAUGAGAUCGUUUGCGGGCUCAAACACCAAUGACGGGGACAUGGGGCGGGUGUUUCACCAGAUGGGCGAGUACGGCAGAUACACAUGCUGACAUGCAUGGCCCAUGCACGCACGCCCUGGCUGGCCGCAGCAUCUGUCCAGACAGCUGGGGCGCAAGAAUGUCGAUCAAACAAGGCGUAGCAAGCGCUUCCAGGUGUUCCAUGGGCCAUGGGCUGGUCGGUGUCAGGGUGCAUGGGGGCGGUUCGGGCGGAAGAAGGCACCGGAAGCUGCUGGCGGUAGUGGGACGCGGACCCCUCCAGUAGGGGAUGCCUUAGAUGCAGCCACGAAGGAACACAAACCUCGGCGCGUGCCAUUCUGUCAGCUCACCGCAUCACCUAUGCGGCAGUAGGAAAGUGCUGUAAGAGACGCAGCAA